AUGGCUGAUUCACCGCCUCCUCAAUGUUCCCAAGAUCCGAUCGAUAGUAGCAUAUCAGACAUGGACAGGAAAAGGCCCAUCGCGUCGCGGCGGGGGACCAAGCUACUCGCCAUACCCCUUCCAGACCCCCCACCGGGUACAUCCUUCGUUUCCCUCCACCGUUCCGCCAGGACUCCCGUUCGAACUCCCGCCGAGAGCAAUCCCGCCGCCGGUUCGAGCUCCACCUGCCGUCGCGCCUCUCCGCGACUUCCGCGCGACGCCGUCGCGCUCACGCCCACGCUCUCCUCCUCCCCGCAGCCGCGCGCCAAGCCGCACCACGCGACGCCGCAUCCUCCUCCGCGUCGGCCGUCCGCCGUGGAAGCCGGCGCGGACAGCUCGCUCGAAGCGACAGGAACGGCGGCGCCAUGCAGGCGGCCGGCGCGCCACGCGCCGCACUCUCCGUGUUGCAAGCUGCAUUGGCGACGCGUGGUCGUGGUAUCCCUGCUUCUGCUCUCCCUCGCGCUCUUCCUCCUCAUGCUCCCCGCCUUGUGGCUCGCUCGCGCCUGGCCCUUACCGUCGCUGCCGUCGGUGACCGUCGCGCCGCGCGAGUCGAUCCCCUCGGCGCGCUUCAAGGCAUUCGAAGUUGGCCUCGGAGGCCCGCUUAGCCUCUUCAUGCGCCGACCGUGGUUCGCGGCGAGAGCUUCGCCAGAAAGCCUACUAACGCCGGGUCUACCGCUGUCGCAUCUCAAGAGACACGUCAGCGCCGAUUUCUUCGUUCCGCGGGUGGGGAACGGAGCGAAUUCCCGCCCUGCGGCGCAUCCCUUGUCCCUCGUGAGAUCGUGGCUUCGCUGGAACCGCGGAGAGGCAGGCAGCGAGAGCAUUCCCGACAAUGCGGGGGCAAAUGCACCUGCGUCAUUGAGUGGCGAUGGCGACUCGGAUGUCAUCACAGAUCCGCAGAGCGGCGGCGACGGCGACGGUAUUUGCGUGGCGAUUCCUUCUUCCCCGCGCGCCUUCCCCCACCAGGAGCUCCCGCCGUGGCACUUCCCCGUGGCGCUGCUGAAACUGCUGGACGAGCGCCACUCCCGGCGGAGUUCCGUGCAUGGGAGGAAGCAGCGCAGCGGCCUGGGGAAAAUGCACGCGGUUGUGUACAGCGCUGCCUGCAAGGCGUCGGUUCCUGCUGCCCUUGCGGCGCAACAACAGACGGCAGCGCAUGGGUAG